UGCUUGUAGAGGUAGGAUGGGUCACAUUAUCACUCUAUGACCCUGCCAGCUUGUAAGCCGUGGCGAUGAACGUGAUGAUUUCACGGAUGUGAACAAGAAGAAAUAGAAAUUAAAUAGAAAAGUAAAAACAAAAGAAAACAAGAACAAAAUAACUUUCACCUCCGCUCAUUGUCUCGUCGCUUAUUAUCACACUCGCAAUACAGAUCCAGUGUUGAAGACUUCUCUUUUCUUCUCACUUGAAGAACACGUCAGAGACUUGUGACUGCUUUUGCACCUCAUUACAGUAUAUUGUAUUCAGUUUCGAUUUGUGUUCGAGUCACAUCGUUUGGGACAGUUGAUGUUCACGGCUGUUGUUUUCUGUGGCUGGAUUUGUGUGUGGUUCUCCAUGAGGUAAAAAGGAAAGGGAGUAAAAUAUAAUUCCAAGAUUGUAGAAUAUUUUCCUACCGGUGGAGUCUGACUUUGAUUUGUCAAGGAUUUGUGUAAGACAAGCUCAGGAUGAGUUCUCAGAGUGUGGAACCCAUGGCUAUCACGCCAGUUGCCCGGACUGUGGUCACCGAUGUAGACAGAAACUCCUGGUCAUCUCAUAUACACCAAUUGAAACACAAAGUUCUCAUUCUGCCCCCGGAUUUUGAGAACAUGCCUCACACGUUCUUCCGGCUGAUCCACAAGGCUCGGUCCCGGUCCCAGCGCCGCCGGGUGUACGCCUGGGUGCUGUGUGUCCUCGCUCUCGUCUUCUUCAUCCUGUACACCAACCAGUCCGCGCUGCUCGCCUACACCGGCGGGACCGCCAGCAACAUCAUCCCGUCCUCACAGAUCGACGCCGGAAACGCCGUCAUUGACUUCCACAACAAGGCGCCUGCGCAACCGGAAGCGGGCCAAGACAACAACAUCCGGGAGCGAAUGUUGUCGCGGCGGGCGCCUGAUAUGAAGCUAUUGGGUGCAGCUGACGCCAAUAUGCAGGUUGAUGAAGGGGAUGAUGAUGAUAUGGACGAAAGUCAGGCUGAUCUGCUUCCCGACCUCUCCCCCGCCAUCGUACACAUUAUCUGGUGUGGUAGGAAGAGGACUUUCGAUUUCCGCCAUUACCUGAGCAUGAAGCGUGCUUAUCAUUUGAUCAAACCCGACAAGAUGAUUUUCCAUUACCAGAAACUUCCUACUGGUGACACAGAGCUGUAUUAUAACUGGUUCGAUCUGAUUAAAUCGGAGAUUGAUAGUAUAGUCUUCAGACCGCUAAACACGUCUCGAUGUGAUACAUCUGGCCCCCACCGCUACAUGCUAGCGCUCAGUCUUCUAGAGCAGUUCGGAGGGAUUUUUGUCCCCGAGGAUGCCAUUUUGGUAGACUUCCCCGUCCAUCUCAGAGCCUCACCUUUUGUGUCUGGUGUCGUGGCGAAGACUCUGACGGAGUACCUCGACGGCGUGAUUGUUGCCAAAAAGAAAGGGUUCAUCAGCCCUUCCAGUCAGUCGGGCCUCAACAUCGUCCUAGCUUCUGGUCGCUCCGCCGCCCAAGGCAUCAUAGACCCCUGUGGCACCGUGAAACAUUUCUCCGAGGAGGAAGACGGGGAUUGUUUGUGCGUCAAAGUGGAGGAGGAAAUAUUCCCCAAAGACAUCUGGGAGGCGAAUACUCGCUUCGGUACCCUUGCUCGGUUAGCGGCGUAUGGUACCAAUGAGGUCAAAGCGACAUCUCGCAAUAGCUUGAGAAGAACUUCCAUUCCGAAGAUCGGCCAUUACAUCUGCUGGGAUUGUGACCUCAAGUUUACCACGUACAUCAGUGUCAUGAGCUCUCUCUACGUCGCUGGACUCUCUAAGGUAUACAUCCACGGCCUCAACUCCCCGUCCGGUCUGUGGUGGAGCAAGCUCCAGGAGACAGAGCGAGUGGUGCACGUGCUCAGAGAUUACCCCGAGCACUCACAGGACAACGCCGCCAUGACACAAGAGCUCGCACAGGGUAUCAUGCGAGUCAGUAUUCUCCUCAAGUACGGGGGCGUUUACUGUGACGACAAAGUCAUCUGGACCAGUCCUAUACCAGAGGAAUAUUUCAGUUAUGAAGCAGUGGCCGCCCCCGAUUGGCAUCAGUACGGCACGUGGCCCGACUCGGUGUCUCACACAACUAUCAUGGCCAAAGCAAAGUCGCAGUAUCUGCUCAAGUUGAGGAAUUUGUAUUACCAGCAUCACAAUCGAAAAUUCUGGUUCAUCGAUCAGUUUCUGGCCUAUAAGGUGUUCAGUUCGACUGGCAGAGUGACACACUAAGUGUGUACUGGGACGUGUUCCCAGACCUCGAGCUUGACGCGGUCAAGUACACGAGCGGACCUAUAGUGGACGCGGCCAGGCGAGCCUUGCAGAAGGCGGGAAUCUCAGUUCAGGAACUCAAAAACAGAUAAUGAACAUCCCCACCCCUUUCCUCGAACUGUCAACUCACGUGCAUAACUCAACUCUAUAUCGUGCCUUUACACAGGAGAUUAAUCUACCACCACCCCGUCAUCGUAAGGUUUAUUCCGCCAUCUUGUUGCACUUUGACCCCUCCCUCCCUCUUGCGUGUGGACAAAUAAACCGCUCGUCUGGUUGGUGCAUGUCUGACGGCUAUUCAUCAACAUGUCCCACCUAUACGGCCGGCUUGACUCACUACCAUCACCUCACGGAUAUACAGGGUUGCUGGCAAAUAAACCGACGGCAUUUACGUGGGGUCGUCUCCAGAUGACUUUGGGAGAGCUCGCCAUAACAGGCUGUUCCCUUUCAACUUUACUAUUCAACAUUCCCAAUUUUUCUACUAUUCACAACUGUUCGGAGGGUGUCUGAGCCAUUCGAAUGCUGUGGAAUUUUUACGGACAAUAGAUUUUAAGUGUUAUUUUUCUCAACUUGUCCUAAAAUUAGAGUAUAUUAUUGUAUCUAAAAUCGUUGUUGUAAAAAUAAUAUAUUUUGCACUAAUGAUUACGAGACGGGUGAUUAGCAAAAAGGGAUGUGAAAAGUGAAUAGCGGUGUGAAUAGUGAGUGUUGAGGAGCGAAUGCUACUGAAUGACUUAUAAUAGUGUGAGUAAAAGUCAUUCGCAUGACUGUUCGAAUAGCACGAAUAGCGAGUUCCCUCUUCUAAGCGUCAAUGAAACUUCGUUUCUCAUCAAAAUCGUACGUAGCACUGCUCGCCAUGGUGUGUAUGACCAAGGUGUUGUCCCCUUCUUCUUGUUGCUUUGAAAGUCGACGCACAAUUUCUGAAUUACGAUAACGAUGACCACAUUUUAAAAAAAACCCAACCCCUCACUGUCCCCCUCCCCUCCCCGCCCCAAGUCAAGCCCCCGGCUUUUCUGGUCUAUCUUCUUGUUAGUUUGGGGCCCGUCGUUAGCUCAUUUGAUAUCAUGCUGGACUCUGGUGCGAAUGGCCUAGGUUCGAAUCCACGAAGGGUCAGAGUUCUAGAAUUUUGAUUGUUUAGGGGAGGUUUCAAGGCUCCCCACCCACUUGGCUGGGCCCUAUCAGAGGGUGAAUGUUGGAUUCGAAGCUACCGCCUUUGAGAUAACAUAACAGUGUUGGAAGGUAUCUUAUUCAAUAACUGUUUUUCUCCUCAACUCAUCAUCUUAUUCUGUAUAAUGUGCUCCAUCAAGUAAGUAUUUUUUCUCUCCAUCGUUGCAUGUUUCCUUUCCUCCCUUAAUUCAAUUCCUAAACACACAGAAUGUGUUCGUUCAUCGAAAUUUUCCAGUUUUAAAUGUUACUGGUGAUUAUAAAUACUUUCAUCAUCCCUCUAGUUCUUCAUGUUUUUAUUGUUGCUUUGACUAACUUUCUUCCUUUUAUCUUGUUUGAUGAACUUUUACUUUGCCUGGUUUGAGAAAACCGGAGUCGUUUUGUUUGUUUGUUUGCUUGUGUGUUUGUUUGUUUUUUGUAUUUUAAUGUGUUGGUAUCACUGAGUUCCAUUCCUUAUUUAUAAAUAAUCAUUUUAAGAUUGCUUCCACCAUUUGUAGAUAAUUUUUUGACUCUUUAAUUGAAAAUAUUGUUAUACCUCUCCAAGUCAAUGAUUUUUGUACAGGUACUAUGGUUUUCAAUAAUGGUUUUGUAAUUUACAGUCUAGCAUGUACAUUGUGAACGCGCACAUAGCAAA